AUGUCGCCCAACCCCGUCAACACCGCCUCUCUCGAUGCCUGGAAGACCCAGGCCUUCAAGUCGGACAAGAACAGACUCGCGCAGGCCGCCAUCUCGCGAGGUAACUUCCAGGACAUGAUCAUUGACCGGUCCGCCCUCAACAAGAACAUUGGCGUCUUCAACACCCAGAUCCAGCUCGAGGGCACCCCCAUCACGUACCAGCGGUCCUCGGGCCGAUGCUGGAUCUUCGCCUCGCUCAAUGUGCUGCGGAUCGCCCUGCAGCAAAAGCUCAAGAUCCCCUCGUUCCAGUUCUCCCAGACCUAUCUCUUCUUCUACGACAAGCUGGAGAAGUCCAACUGGUUCCUGGAUAAUGUCAUUGACACCGCCGACGAGGAGCUCGACUCGCGGCUCGUGCAGGAGCUGCUCAAGGAGCCCGUCAACGACGGAGGCCAGUUUGAUAUGAUCAUCAACCUAGUGGAGAAGUACGGCCUCGUGCCUCUCGACGUGUUCCCCGACUCGUGGAACUCGGAGAACUCCCGAAACAUGUGCUACCUCAUCACCGAGAAGCUGCGAGAGUACGCUCUGACCCUGCGUGAGCUGGUCAAGGCUGGCAAGAAGGACGAGGCUCUUGCAAUGAAGGCCGACUUCCUCCAGGAGAUCCACACCAUUCUGUGCAUCACUCUGGGCACUCCUCCUGCCGUGGACGAGAAGUUCACCUGGGACUUCCAGACCCGAGACAAGGUGUCUGAUGACAAGGAGCUCGAGAUCUCCGCCAAGAAGGUGGAGACUCUGCAGCUGACCCCCAAGGAGCUUUACGAGCUCAUUGGAAUCGACUUCAAGAAGUACUUUUCUCUCAUCAACGACCCCCGAAACGAGUACAACAAGCGAUACACCGUUGACCGACUCAACAAUGUUGCUGGUGGAGCGAAGGCCCACGUUGACUACGUCAACACGGAUAUUUCCGAGCUCAAGAAGGCCGCCAUCAAGGCCAUCCAGAACAACGAGGCUGUUUUCUUCGGUUCUGACGUUGGCAAGUUUGGAGACCGAAAGUCCGGUGUGCUCGACACUCAGGCCUGGGACUACAACCUGGGUUUCAACACCAGCAUGAAACUGAACAAGAAGCAGCGCCUCCAGACAGGUUCUUCCAUGAUGACCCACGCAAUGGCCAUCACUGCCGUUCAUCUUGAUGAGAGCGGAAAGCCAGUUCGAUGGCGAAUUGAAAACUCUUGGGGUAAGGACAACGGUAAGGACGGCUAUUACCAGAUGUCCGAUGCUUGGUUCGAUGAGUAUGUCUUCCAGGUGGUCACCACCGACAAGUACGUUGAGCCUGAGGUUCUUGAGAUUCUCAAGCAGGAGCCCAAGGUUCUGCCUCUGUGGGAUCCCAUGGGAGCUCUCGCCCGACUCUAA